GGCUCCGGGAAGUGACGUGUGCGGACAAAGGCAGAGGCCGCGAGGUGUCUGGUCCGGUAGAGUGGUGGCGGCUGCCCUGGGCUACCGUCCUUGCCAGCCUCCUCCUCAACCGGUCCUUGUCUCUAGGAUCCCUGGAGCCCCAACCCAGAGGAGCAGAGCGGUGGCUGGUGACAUCAUGACAAGCGAGGUGAUCGAAGAUGAGAAACAGUUCUAUUCGAAGGCCAGGACGUACUGGAAGCAGAUCCCACCCACGGUGGACGGCAUGCUUGGGGGGUAUGGCCACAUCUCCAACAUCGACCUCAACAGCUCCCGGAAGUUUCUGCAGAGGUUUUUAAGGGAAGGCCCAAACAAGACGGGGACUUUCUGUGCCCUGGACUGUGGCGCAGGCAUCGGAAGGAUCACCAAGCGCCUGCUCCUGCCACUCUUCAAGGUGGUGGACAUGGUGGACGUGACAGAGGACUUUCUGGCCAAAGCCAAGACCUACCUGGGGGAAGAGGGCAAGAGGGUGAGGAACUACUUCUGUUGUGGCUUGCAGGACUUCAGCCCAGAGCCCAGCGCCUAUGAUGUCAUCUGGAUCCAGUGGGUGAUAGGCCACCUGACGGAUCAGCACCUGGCUGACUUUCUACGCCGCUGCAAGCGGGGCCUGCGCCCCAAUGGCAUCAUCGUCAUCAAAGACAACAUGGCCCAGGAGGGCGUGAUCCUGGACGACGUGGACAGCAGCGUGUGCAGAGACCUGGAGGUGGUACGCCGGAUCAUCCGCAGUGCGGGCCUCAGCCUGCUGGCUGAGGAGCGCCAGGAGAACCUGCCGGACGAGAUCUACCAUGUCUACAGCUUUGCCCUGAGAUGAGGCCAGGGCCAGAGCUGGGGUCCAGCACCUGGCAGGCCCCAGACCCACCUGCCACCUCCCAUUAACUCCAGCGGGAGGGGCCAAGCCCUGGGGGAGGUGUGCCCUGGGCACACAACCCUGUCAUUCCGAGGCACCCUGGCACUUUCCCAUAAGGCAUGUGGGAAACUGCCCACCAUAGGACUAGCUGCCUAAGGGAAAAGAAAGACUUCACCUGGCUGCCAAAGGACCCGAGGGGUGUGGACUGCUAUGUUCUGGGGCAGCCAGAUAGUACCACUUAAAGAAAUGCUCACAGUCCCAAAUUCUCUUUGGUGAUGGGUCACAGGGAGCCUGCUGUAAGGGGAGGUUUGCUCGUCUUCUUCAGCUCCUUGGGAGCUCCUCCCUGACAGGCACACAUCGUUAAUAAAGGGUGAACUGUUUUCAAAUGCCC